AUGGAUGAGGCGAUAGAAGCGCUCAAGCGCGCUCGCGUGAUGCACCAGCUGAAGCCACAGGAGGCUGAGAAGGAGUACAAGAGUAUCAUAGCACAAGAUAUGGAGGAUGAAGAAUUUAACAAGACCAAAGAGCAAGCAAUAUGCAGACUUGGAGAUUUGUAUGCUGACCAGCGGAGAGUGGCUGAUAUCCAGAAGCUGAUGAUCGACGUUAGACCUUUCUUCAACAACAUUCCGAAAGCCAAGACUGCCAAGAUAGUCCGUACCCUCAUUGAUGUCAUGGCCAAGAUUCCUGGCUCGGAAGGAGUUCAGCUGCAACUUUGUCUUGAUACGAUCGAAUGGUGCAAGCAAGAAAAGCGUACGUUCUUGAGGCAUCGCAUACAGACUCGUCUUGCCAGCAUGUAUUUUGAGACCAAGGAUUACACAAAAGCGCUGCAACUUGUCGAUGAGCUGUUGAGGGAGGUGAAGAAGCUGGAUGACAAGCCACUUCUUGUUGAGAUCCACCUUGUUGAGAGUAGAACACAUCACCAGCUCAGAAAUCUUCCUAAAAGCAAGGCUGCUUUGACCUCUGCGCGCACUGCAGCAAACUCGAUCUACUGUCCUCCACUGCUACAGGCUCAAAUUGAUACCCAAGCUGGAACCUUGCAUGCAGAAGAGAAGGACUACAAGACAGCAUAUUCUUACUUCUUCGAAGCUAUGGAAGCUUUUCAGUCUCAGGAAGAUCCUCGUUUUGUCAAAUCAUUGAAGCAUAUGCUGCUUUGUAAGAUUAUGACGAAUGCGUCUGACGAAGUUACUGGCCUGAUCGACUCAAAAUACGCUUUGAAGAAUGGCUCAAGCAAGGAAUUGGAAGCGAUGCGCGCGAUUGCGGUUGCAUAUAAGGAGCGCUCCCUAGCCAAGCUCAUCGAUACGCAGGAAUUGUAUACCGAGGAAUUGAGGGAGGACCCUGUUACCAAAUUUCAUUUAGACAAUCUGUACAAUACGCUCCUAGAACAGAAUCUUUCAAGAUUGAUCGAGCCGUUUUCUCAAGUUCAGAUUGCACACGUUGCAGACUUGAUCAAGCUGCCUGUGGAAACUGUGGAAACAACUCUUUCACAAAUGAUCUUAGACAAGAAAUUCAACGGAAUUUUGGAUCAGGGCUCAGGUGCAUUGAUAGCCUAUGAGGAUCUGCCAGACAAUGCCACGCUCGAAACCGGUCUAGAAACCAUCGAGAACAUGUCCAAGGUGGUAGAUUCUUUGUACGUUAGAGCUGCAAGACUCUCUUAG